AUGACUUCUUCUUCCUCCUCCUCCUCUUUGUUACUCCCUUUCUUUCUUAUCAUUUUCUCAUCUUUAAUCUUGGUUUCAUCAUCAAGAAGAUCAUUAAUCGACCGUCCUCAUCAUCCUCCCACAAACCUUCCAAGAUCCGGUUUUCGGUUUAGUCUAAAACACGUGGAUUACGGGAAAAACCUCACAAAGAUCCAAAAGAUCCAAAGAGGGAUUAACCGUGGGUUCCACCGGUUAAACCGGUUAGGAGCUGUGGCUGUUUUGGCUGUAGCAUCUGGUCCUGAUGACACUAACAACAUCAGAGCACCGACUCAUGGAGGAAGCGGAGAGUUUCUUAUGGAGUUAGCUAUAGGAAGCCCUCCGGUUAAAUACUCGGCGAUAGUCGAUACCGGAAGUGACCUAAUAUGGACUCAAUGCAAGCCUUGCACCGAAUGUUUCGACCAACCAACUCCGAUCUUCGACCCCAAAAAAUCUUCCUCUUACUCAAAAGUCGGGUGCUCUUCUGGUCUUUGCGACGCGUUGCCAAGAUCAGAAUGUAACGAAGACACAAAUUCUUGUGCGUAUCUGUAUACUUACGGUGAUUACUCAUCCACGAGAGGGACCUUGUCCAAGGAGACGUUCACUUUCGAGGACGAGAACUCGGUUUCGGGGAUCGAGUUUGGGUGUGGUGACCAGAACCAAGGAGACGGGUUUUCUCAAGGCUCAGGUCUUGUAGGUCUUGGUCGUGGACCGCUCUCGCUUAUCACUCAGGUCAAAGAGACUAAGUUCUCUUACUGCUUAACCUCUAUUGAGGAUAGCGAAGCAUCUAGCUCGCUGUUCAUUGGAUCUAUGGCCUCCAAAAUCAUCAACAAAACCAGCGCAAAUUUAGAAGGUGUGGUCACCAAAACGAUGCCGUUGCUACGGAACCCUAAUCAGCCUUCGUUCUAUUACCUUGACUUGCAAGGCAUCACCGUUGGAGCAAAACGACUCUCUCUUGAAAAGUCUACUUUCGAACUAGCCGAAGAUGGAACCGGAGGUAUGAUCAUUGACUCGGGCACGACCAUCACGUAUCUCGAGGAAGGCGCGUUUAACGUCUUGAAGAAGGAGUUUUCUUCUCGGAUGAGUUUGCCAGUCGACGAUUCUGGAUCGACAGGGCUUGACUUGUGCUUCACGUUACCUGAUACCGAGAAGGAAAUCGCUGUUCCUAAGCUCAUUUUUCAUUUUAAAGGCGCGGAUUUGGAGCUUCCCGGAGAGAACUACAUGGUGGCGGAUUCGAGUACCGGCGUUUUGUGUUUGGCCAUGGGGAGUUCUAAAGGAAUGUCUAUUUUCGGAAAUGUUCAGCAACAGAAUUUUAAUGUGCUUCAUGAUCUUGAGAAGGAUACGGUGUCGUUUAUUCCUACUGAAUGUGGAAAAUUGUAG